GGGGGAGGAGGGAGGGGGGGGGCUCGGUGCUCCUCAGAAGCUAACGUUAGCUAGCAAGCUGUCAAGCUGUCUAGUGGAGAGGCUGGGGCAGACGUUUCAGCUUCCCCCUGGCUCACCCACACAAAGCUCCGGCCCACAAAUUCACAAGGAAAUCGAUCCGAAGAUCUUUUCGAUCGCCGGCUGAGAUGAUGUAAUGAUCACGGGCGCACGCACCGAGGGACCCGCGCGCUGAAACCGUUUAUAUGCACUGAGUACUGAGUGACGACUGCUCAUUGCUAGCUAACUGGCUAGCUAGCAUAGCUAAACCGCUGCAACCCCCCCCCCCUCCCCCCGGUUGAUUUCGUCGGUGUAGCUCUCCGGUGUGAACUGCGGCCGGUCAGUCCUUGUUACCGUCGCUGCUUCAGUUGCUGUCAGCUGGUAUUUUGGAUAUUUGGUCUUAAGGAGGAAACAAUGGGUGCAUUUCUGGACAAACCAAAGAUGGAAAAAUACAAUUCCCGUGGUGAGGGUAACAACCUGAGGUAUGGGCUGAGCAGCAUGCAGGGCUGGCGGGUAGAGAUGGAAGAUGCACACACAGCAGUAAUUGGUCUGCCUCAUGGUCUUGACCCCUGGUCAUUCUUUGCUGUUUAUGAUGGGCAUGCUGGCUCUCAGGUGGCCAAGUACUGCUGUGAGCACCUGCUGGAGCACAUCACCAGCAACUCAGACUUCCAGAUUGCUCUGCAGGAAGACGCCUCUGUGGAUAGCGUGAAGAAUGGGAUCCGCACUGGAUUCUUGCAGAUCGAUGAACACAUGCGAACCAUCUCCGAGAAGAAGCACGGUGUGGACCGCAGUGGCUCCACUGCAGUGGGAGUGAUGAUUUCUCCAAGCCAUAUCUACUUUAUCAACUGUGGCGAUUCGCGGGGACUCCUCAGCCGGGGUGGAGCUGUGCACUUCUUCACACAAGAUCACAAACCCAGUAACCCUCUGGAGAAGGAAAGGAUCCAGAAUGCCGGCGGCUCAGUCAUGAUCCAGCGAGUUAAUGGGUCCCUAGCUGUGUCUCGGGCUUUGGGAGACUUCGACUACAAGUGUGUGCACGGAAAAGGCCCAACAGAGCAGCUUGUGUCACCUGAGCCUGAAGUUUAUGCAAUAGAGAGAUGCGAGGGAGAAGAUGAAUUCAUUAUACUAGCAUGUGAUGGCAUCUGGGAUGUCAUGGCCAAUGAGGAACUGUGUGACUUUGUCAGGUCAAGGCUAGAGGUGACAGAUGAUCUUGAAAGAGUCAGCAAUGAAAUUGUUGACACCUGCUUGUACAAGGGAAGCCGGGACAAUAUGAGUGUUGUGUUAAUCUGCUUUCCUGGGGCCCCAAAGGUAUCUCCAGAAGCAGUGAAACGGGAGGCUGAGCUGGAUAAAUAUCUGGAGAGCAGAGUAGAAGAAAUCCUCAAAAAGCAAGGGGAUGAAGGUGUCCCAGAUUUGGUCCAUGUUAUGCGGACGUUAGCAUCUGAGGCCAUCCCUAACCUCCCCCCUGGAGGAGAACUGGCAAGCAAACGAAGUGUUAUUGAAGCGGUCUACAACAAACUCAACCCCUACCGAAGUGAUGACACAGACUCUGCGUCCACAGACGACAUGUGGUAACACAACCUCCUACCACUAACACAGCAUAGAGUUUACAAACCACCAUCCUCUCAAGAUCCACAGCAGCUCAGCUCAGCAGUCUGUCUCUCCGUCACUCUGAGCUUUUGGUUUCUAAGAAGGGAAUUUCAUGGGAGGAGGAGGAGGAGAAGGAGGAGGAGGAAGAGGAAGAGGAGGAGUUGCAUGCACACAAACCUGGAAUAGUGCAGCACCAGUCCACGCUGGAGUUCAGGAUCCCUAACGUCUUGUCUCCCCUUUAUGUUCAACCACCCUAAUAUUCUCCUCUAAAGUAAUCCAUAACAAGUCCACAAGGUCUUCUUUCUUUUUGUUAAAUAAUCAGCUUAAGUAGUAAGAUUUUUUGCUGUAAUUAAUUUGAUUCACAUUUCCUUGUGUGUGUUUGUAUAUUUCUGUUUUUGUGAAGUGCAAUUGUCCUGUACAAACAGCCUGUAUUUAAUGCAGCUUGAUUUUAAGUUAAAAAAUGAAAGAAAUGAAAAAGAGAACCUUUUAUGCACUAUCUGCCUUUUCCUGCUCUUCUGGAAUUGUAACAAAUGUCUAUUCAGUGAAUAUUUCUGCUUGUCCUCCAGGCACAAUGUCUCUGCGCUUUUACUUUUCUUUUCUUUUCUUUUUUUUUCAGUUAGUCUAUUCUCCUUUAAGAAACGGGUAAAUUGUAUAGUUGACAGCACAGUAAGCUCUCUAUAUCAAACCAUUUAAAUCCUAAUUAUUUUUUUCCCUGUGCUUUUUUUUAUUGUAUUUUAUUUUUGUAAGUGGUUUUCUGUACAUGCUCAAAUAAUAAUGGCAAUGGCAAAGGUGUUUCUCAGUCAUUUUGGAAGUGUGAAAAAUAUUUUUUUUUUUUUUUUCAUUUCUUCAAGGCAUCUGAUGAAAAAAAUACCCCUGUUAACACGUUUGUCUGUGCGAAUAGAUACUUGCAAGCGUGCGUGGGUGCUUGUGUGUAUGUAUGUGCGCACGUGUGUUAGUGUAAAGGCAGAUCUGUAUGUGCAACUCUAAUUUAAAUUUUGCUAAGGUGGUUUAGACAACAGACCAAGCUGGAGUUUAAGGGAUUUGCUUUCCCAAUGCGUACCCAUUGUCUGCCCCCUUUCUUUUUUCAGCCAGUGUUCCAUAUCAACUCAACAUAGGCGUUCACUACUUCUUAUUCCAAAAAGCUUUGGAUAACAGAGUUUACAUGCUGUUACGCUAUUUGAACAACUUCAAGCUAUAUAUCAGAACUAUACUGUAACCUGAGAUGACACAAGUAGUUCAAUUGACCCAUAGUGUGCAAUGGUUUGCAGCUAGUUAGGUCUUGACUAGUUUACACAUCUAUUGUGUCAUAUUUAAAUAUCAGUUUCUAAAUGUACAUCGUUACCAGUGCCCACUAUGGGUGCCAUAUGAUUUAUAAUCACUUAUUUCAGCUUUAUUACAGCCUAUGCCAAGUUUUGUUUUUCAUGAGAUUCAGUUUUUGUAUGUGGUACAGAUAGAUUUUUUUUAGCUUCUACCUUUAACAUCUGAUAAUUUGACUGAUGUGAACCGUUUAAGCACUGACUAUUUUAAAAGAAAAUCACCCAUUAUCAGUCUGAUGAUAGGAGAAACUGUUGACUGUAAAACUUACAAGGCUGUUUUGUUUCACACGGUCUUAUUUGGACAUUAAAUCUGAGAACAAAUUGGCUAACUGUAAUGAGUGCUCAUGGUUGUAUAGCACCUUUUUAUUGCCAUCAGUUUUUUCUCUGCUUAAAACCCUCCCCCACCCCACCAUAAGCCAGAGCACAAUACGGUUUGCUGCUAUAGUGUUGAUGAUCUGUGGGUUGAUUUAAAACAAUAAAAAUAAAAAUCUGUUAAUUUCCCCCUCUGAAAAGAUCAAUAGUCACUGACUAAAUUUGUAUUUAACACACACAGUAGAUAUAUUUCUUGAAGAGAAAUGGUUUUAUUUCAAAUUUAUUUUCGCUAUUUUUUUGUGUGAAAUUGCAUUGUUGGAAAUUCAUGUAUGUAUAUAUUUUUGACUUCAACUUUCAAGGAAUAAAUCAUGUCGCUUGAGUUAGUUUUUUGCCAUGGACAAAAUGUGAUUCUGGUUUGUCUUGAGAUGGUUAGUUGAAUUUGUGUGUGUUUUGGCAAACAAAGGUUUCCCUCUAUACUUUGGUGUCCCUCUGAUUAACACUGAAGGUUAGAACAGGUUCAUUUAUAUAAUAUACAAUAAAUAUGGACUAAAUUUGUAAUUCUUCAUUUCUCAAAAUGACAAUCCUAACUAUUUCACCACAUUUAGGUUGGUGGUGGGUAGCAAAUUAUUAAAUCUUUAACAUAACAAAGACUUUAACUUAACUUAACUAAUCCUAAAUUAGCUGCUCUCUAAUAUGCUUUUGUGUCAUAAAGGCCAAAGACCACUAAAAUUUUGUAAUUGCAAAGUCUAUAUCACAAGAAGUAACAAUAUAAAGGGAGAACCUACCUGUAAAAGAUGUUAAAAUGUUAAGUUGUUAGAGUGAGUUCUGAGAGACUUUUAUUGUUUGUUAGCUUUUAAAGGUAUUCUUUGGAGUUUCUGACCACUGGUGGUGCUGUAGAGAAAUGUUUUAACGACUGCGUCCACACUGUACUAGCUUGAAAACAAGGAUGAACAUACAGGACAAAAACAAGAGGUGAUGUGAAUCACACUUCUGCUGACGUUGCAGAGCAGUAAUGUGUAUGUCAGCAAUUGUUGUCGUGGUAACAUGCCAUAAAAAGUGAACCGAUAAAGAACGAUAAGACCGCAACCUGAUUACUAGCAUUAAACAUGUUUGUUAGGCCUUAGAGAUAAACAAAAUGCAUUUUGAUAAGAAGUGUUUGAAUGUAAACCUGUGUGUUUACAGUGAAAACUCCAUAGGGUACCUUUAAACAGACAGUCGCCCUAGAAAUGACAUGAGUAACAACAUCUUAUAACUCUGUAGAUUUCCUGUCUUGACUCAAUACAGUUAACAUGUCAAGUAGGAAAAUUGAUUUUGUUGUGAGUUUUUGCGUGAAAAUGGGUUUUAUUGAAUAUUCCUUCCUAUCAAAAAGCUCAAUUGCAACAAACAGCAGUACAUAGAAACAUAAUGUAAUUUCCAUCUUUUUGGUUUAAAAUUACAUUAUUAUAUGUAUACCACAAUACUAACUAAUAUUUGUGUACCUACUAAUGAAAACCCUUCACGUCAGUUUAUUUGGUUUGCUCAAAAAUGCCUUUUUUUUCCUUUAGUUUUUAUUUCAACUGUACUGUAAGCUGUUUAAUUUUGCGCUGCAUUGCUUGUAUACAUUAUGUAAGUGCACUAAAUGUCUCUUUUAUCAAACAGUUUUCAGCCCCCAGCUGCUUGUUGCAAACAUGGUAGGUGUUGAGGACUCUUAAAGCAACAUUUCAUGCAUUUUUUUCUUCAAGCUUAAUAAGGAACAAACAAUAUUUCUUGGCAUCUCGAGUUAAUUGAUAUGUCCUCGUCCCUGGACUGUCUUGUAUUGCCCCAGAAAUUAAAACAAUUCAGGAUGUGGUCCUUAAAUGAUGCUGGUUAUUUACCCGUUUCAAUAAGCAACUUUAUUCCACUGAAGGAAAACUAGAAAUUAGCUUUGUAAUACUCAGAAUUGCUGUAGCUGGAAUGUUAGCAGAUAUUAACAGUGGCUUGGAUGUAGUUUGUGACAUCUGGGUGUUUUUACUUAAUUGUGUAAAAAAGCCCUCUUAUCCCUCUUAGUCCCCCAUCCCCAAAAGAACAUGACCCCAAGCAUCUAUUCUCCUUGUUUUAAUUUUCAAGAACUGAAAUACCUCAUAACAUUUAUAGGAAGUGUUUUUGUCUCGUGUAAUGUAGAUCCAAACUGUUCAGAUAGCAGUUCAUGUGUGGAGACUUUAAUGAAAGCAGCUUUCUUGUGGCUCUCCCCUAGAACUUGUGAUUUUAACACUGAUCUAUUUGAGUGGGAUAAGCCUGUGCUAAUGUACAGUAUUUGACUGAAUUGUGCUGAUGUUGAGAAAACAAGUAAUGAUUUAAGUGGUUACUGCAAAUGACAACUUAUUUCUAGUGACUAGGAACACUAUUGGCCUUGUCGUAUAAGCUGAUCCCCUCACCACCUCUCAAACAAUGCCCUUAAAUGCUCACCUGUGUUAUUUUCACCAAUUUGUCCACUUAUGUGAUGCUCACUUAGCUCAAAUCUAGAAUUGUAUCAAGAGUUCAGGGUUUUAGAAAUGUGAGAUGUGGGACUAAAUGACAAUAGUCAUAUGCACUGAUCAUCUGUAUAAUCAGCUUUUUUUUUCCAGAAAAUUGUUAUUGUAGAAAAAAAAAAGAUUAUAAAGCUAUUUACAGAGUUACCUUUGGUUGCCUGGAAUGCAUCCUGUAUAUUCUUGUACGGAGGACUACCUGGCAGAAGUUGAAGAGAUUUUAAAAGCUUGCGCCCUCUUGUACAUACUGUUGUACCUCGGUUGUGGCGUUUACUGAGUGACCCUUAGCAGUGGUGGUUUAUUUGUCCCCUCACAGGGCGACCUGAGCCUCACUUUGCUGAGCUUUUUCAGCUCAUAAAUAAGCUCACCGAUUUGCCUUACCCAGUCUCAUGUUGCCCCCUAAAGUACUUGUUCAACUAAACACUAUGAGGAGUGAUGCUGCUGACAUUACACUCUUAUAGAUUAAAAACUGUCCCCAUGUUAGGGUAUUUAAGCUAUCAACAAAGUGACUUUGUCCUGGUUGUCACAAGGUACAACUUUUCAACCAUCGCUCGUUUGUAUGCUUUUUUUUUGGUUUGUUUUUUUCAUGCUACUUUAUUGAAUCUCAGUCUUGAAAGCUUAUUUAAUUUUUCACUGCAGAUGAUGUCAUACUUUUAACAAAUGCAAGUGUUUUAACAUGGUAACCUCGUAAGCAUUCAAAAUGUGCAUACAUACAUUCAUGUCUGCUAUAUUUAUGGUUACAUUCAAGAAUAGCUUUAGAGUGCUGUAGAUAUUGUCAAUGUUGAUUCAAAUGCUUCUCAGAGGCCUCUGUGAGUGAUUUUACAAAGUUCAAUAACUGUAUAUUUUGUAUUAUGUUCUAGCUCCAAAGGAAUGGCAGAAAAAAAAAGAAAAUGUUUAAAAAAAGCUUUGUUCCCUGAACUAAAUUGUACUAUUUGUGUUGUCGAUUGAACAAAUUGCAUUCCUUGCUUGUGAAUUGAUGCAUUUCUCUUCCUGCCCCUUACAUUUUCUCCCCUUCUUUCCCUCCUUUCUUUCAUUUUUUAGCCUUUGAAGUUUGAAUAAAAUUUCUAGUUUGCAGAAUGUAUUACUAAAUAAAUGGGUUGUCAUCUUGUA